AUGUGUCGCGAAGAAAUCGAAGGUUUCACAUCAGAAAUCACCCAAAAGUCUGAAGACAUCUUCUCGUCCCUCGUUUCUUCUCACCAAUCAUCUCCAUCUUCAACACAAACAGUCGUCUUCAGCAUCCACACAGUCAAACAAGAAGGCGGCCUAGAAUCGGGAAUAACAGUUCGCCACAUGGCCGAGUUCUACGAGAAGUUUUUCGAGUACCAAGACUGGGAGAUCUUGAGCUACAAGGAAGUCCCUUACGGGGGAUCAAAUACAAAGACGCAGGGCGAUCCAAUGGAGCUGGUCCAGUUUACUGUUCAGGGAGAAGGGGCGCUCGAAAUUUUGGCCAGAGAAAAGGGUAUCCACCAGCACAAGCGUCAAUCGUUCAACACCAAAAUCGGCAUCAAUCUGAAAUUCUCCGUCGCUGUCCACUGCCGCCCCCUGAUAACGAAAGAAAAGCGCUCGAAAGAAGAAAUAAAACGAGAUUUGAGAGUGAUUUCUACGCGCGGAAUUCGCGGCGGAAAUGCAGAUGGCGGAGUAAGGAUCCGAUUGAACCUUCACGAUCCAGUUUAUGGGCUGCAUUUGACUUACGAUGGGGUGGGAAACAAGCAGCAGAAUAUGAAUGAAGCGGUUGAUGUCAUGAAGAAGAGAAUAAGAGAGCUGGAAGAGCGAGAUUUUCAGAAUACGAAGGCUGAAUUGGAAAAUGACAUCUCACAGAAAAUCGUCCGGAUUUACGACCAUACAACGAAUAAAGUAACAUCGGCAUCAACUUCAACUGUUCUUCUUUCUGAUUUCCUUACCGAUUUCGAGCUUUUAUCUGAAAUUCACGAAGAGCAAAAAGAAGAAGAAACAAAAGCUCUUUUGAAUGAUUUUCUCUGCGAAAUAGAGCAGCUGUGA